AUGACCAGCCACGCAGCAAACGCCGCCACAGCCAAUGGCACUACUCUAGACACCACCAAUGCAAACACCACCAAUGCAAACACUACCAAUUCAAGCAUCACGGCUACAAACACCGCCAAUUCAACUACUAUACCUGCAAGCACCACCAACGAUGAGUCCAGCAGCUCCGAUGGCAGCCCACCAGAAGACUGCCUCAGCCUCGUCUUGGACAACAUGACCUCGCAGCUGACGACAUUCAAACACUUUCUUGCCACGCCUACAAUGGAUACAACUCUCCACAACAAGCUACAUAAUUCAAAUGGGCUACCAGACAAGAAUAUUGCGGCAUUGGCCGCCAAAGCCGUGGAUGUCCUCCAUGAGGUGCAGCUCAUGCUUCAGCCCGCCCAGCUCAUCCUCGCCGACCACUUCCUUGGUUUCGAGAGCACCCAAUGCCUGGUAGCCGCCGUCUCGCUGCGGGUCCCCGACCUACUCGCUGAGCAUGGCAUGAUGUUCAUUGGUCAGCUGGCUGACGCCGCCGGGGCGCGUCGAGACCGGCUCGGCCAGGUCAUGCGCCUAUUACACAGCAACGGUAUCUUUGAAGGUGACGCCGACACGGGCAUGUACAAGAACAACUUUCGCUCCGAGCUCCUCCGCUCCGAUCACUGGACUCAGUGGCACAACUGGGUCGAGCUCUACGGCAACCAGUUCUACGACAUUGCCCGCGGCAUCCCGGCCUCCGUCCGCGAGGGCACCAUCAGAAGCGCCGCGCAACACAACUACGACACCGACGAGAACAUGUUUACAUAUUUUCAGAAGCAAGGGUGGGUGCCGCUUCUGCACCGCACCCUCGGGGGCGGUGCCGUCGCGCAGGCCCCCGGCAUCGUCGCCGACUACCCGUGGCACGAACUCGGUGACAAAAUUCUACUAGAUGUAGGCGGCGGCGGGGGCGGCCUGGUUGCUGCUCUUCUACGCGGAAACCCGUCUUUGAGAGCCGGAAUAUUUGAUCUGCCUGCCGUCAUCGAGCACACCAGGCCAUUCUUCCAAGAUGGCGGACAGUAUGGUGACAUUGCCGGGCGUGUUGCUCAGGAAAACCUCGUCGGGGGCGAUUUCUUUGUCAAUGUGCCGAGCCACGAGGUCUACGUUAUGAAGUGGUGCCUGCAUGAUUGGCUGGAUCCAGAUGCCAUCAAGAUUUUAAAGAACAUUCGUCGGGCUAUUGUCCCAGGAGAGGGCUCCAGACUGAUUGUACUUGAAUCCAUCAUGACUGGUGGCGAGAUGGGAAGGCUAUCUCGGUAUGGAGACAUCAACAUGAUGAUGACGGCGAAGGGACAGGAGAGGACCAUGUACGAUUGGUACCAGUUGGCUCGUGACUCGGGUUGGAAAAUUAGCAAAGUGCACAAGCUGAGGAACGCUUGGGUCUCGGCGAUUGAUAUGCGGCCGGAAUGA